UUUUCUUUUUUAGAAUUGAUGUUCGGUGAGACAGUCAAGAAUGUUUGUUACAUAAAACUUUUUUAACAUAUUUAUCUAGAUAUUAUUGCAGCAUAAAAAAUUACUGUAGAAACAUAGUAAACUCGUUAGUAAACAAUGUGCAUCUAGCUACGUCGGUAAAACUCGUUACAAGUGUUAAUUGAAAACUUCUAUAUAGCGUUUGGCAAUCAGUCGCGUGAUCGAAUUGUGCUAAUCUCUCUCUUUUCCAUUCUCUGAAUAUCACCUUAUUAAUUUUCGCGAUUGAGAUCUCCUGUAAAAUUUAUCCUUGAUCCUCUAUUUAUUUUCUCCUUUACAAUUUGUCCUACACAUGUUGUCAAGAUUUCUUAACGCACCUAUUUCUAUAUCGCAAGCAAGCUCUCAUAGCAGGUGCUGCUGGCCUCACCCACAUAAUUUAUUAGUAUCAUAUACUUGGAUAUUCAACUAGUACGUUCCUCCCUAGUCACAGUACCUAUACCUAGAUAUUCCCCCAGCAAGUUUCUCACCAUAUCCUCAAGAUGGGUCCAAUCAAGAGCGAGAAAUCCAUCGACAUGCUCAGCUCCCUGCCCUACACUGAUCCUAGUCUCACCGCCAUGGAUCCACAGAUCUCUCAGUACGGGGAAGUGAACCAGCUGGGCGGAGUGUUUGUGAACGGUCGUCCUCUGCCAGACCCGAUCCGCUUCCGCAUCAUCGAACUCGCGAACCUCGGCAUCCGCGCCUGCGACAUCUCGCGCCAGCUCCGAGUGUCUCAUGGCUGCGUCUCCAAGAUCCUGGCCAGGUACAACGAAACAGGAUCCUACCGACCGGGCGCUAUAGGCGGCAGCAAGCCUCGCGUCACAACACCCAAAGUCGUUAACUACAUCAAGAACAUCAAGCAGAAAGACCCUGGCAUCUUUGCUUGGGAGAUCCGAGAGAAGCUACUGAAGGACAACGUGUGUGACAAGUACAACGUACCCAGCGUGUCAUCCAUCUCCAGGAUAAUUCGUAACAGGAUGGGCAGUUCUCUUCACCAGAUGGCUCCGUCUGGCCCGUACGAUGUGAAGCCUUCCUCAAGCAUCUACCAGAACCUCUACCCUGCCUAUUCCAAUCCGUCCACUCCAUCGUCAGAUACUCCGCCAAUAGCAGUUACUCCGAUCCCCUCAACGGCUACUCACCCAGACCAUCGAGGCAACCAUCAUCAAAACACCUCUAGCAACAACAAUCCUGUAAAUAAUAAUAACAUUGGACACACCAAUCAAGUUUCUGAGAAGGCAGGAUCUCCGGCAUCAGCUCCUGCACACCAAAGAAGUCCAUCUCCGUCCUCCUGCUCGCUGCGCCAGACAAGUUGGCCGUCUUCGCACAGCGUCACAGAUUUGCUUGGCUCGUUCAGCAGCAUGUCAACAGCUGCUGCUGCUUUUCCUCGUCAUCCUUACCACAGUCAGUACCAGUACAACCACACAGAGCCUACCAAUAACUACAAUUACUAUAUGUACUUUCAGUCUUGCGGUGCAGCACAAACUGCUGUCCCGCCGCUAGCCCACAAUCCUCUAGCGAACCAACUCUCGCCUGCUUUUCCAAAUCCUUUUUCGAACGGACUACACAAUUCUAGUUUCGGCAACACUUUCCCAGGUCACUUGCAGAAUGGCUUUGCCAAUCCGUUAAGCAUGAUGAGCAGCAUGAGUGUGCCUGGGCAGCCUUCCAGCCUAUGA